GCCCCCCCCUCCCCUACCCGCACUAGGGAAUGUAAACUCGGCUCUGGGCUGGGAGGGCUCAGCAUGGCGGUCUCCUGGCGGCUGGGCUCGUGUCUGCUGAGGGCGACCUCUCUGCGGGAGGGCGUCUGUGCGGCUCAGCGAUGCCCCAGGUCGCUCUUCUCCACCGUGACCCUGGGGGCCCUGUCCCCUCGGGGUGCAGCGGUCGCCCCCAUCGUUAGCCAGCCACGGCGUCACGGCAGCUUUUUCAACAAACUGACAGCUGACGAGCUGUGGAAAGGCGUCGUGGCCAAUUCGGGGUCGGCGAUGCGCAAGGGUCGAGGAAAGAGGGCCAAGCGCAAGUUCAAGAAGAACCUCAACUUUGGACAGACCAUCGGGGAAGGUAAGGGCGGCUUCUUGUGGCCGGGCCUGAACAUGCCGAUCCGUCUGGAGGACGGCAUCCAGAAGCCGAGUCGGCGCAGCGAGGCGGAGCAGCUGGAGAUGCAGGCCAACAUGCUCCUCAAGCGAGACGAGUGGGACAAAAAGAAGCGCUUCCGCGUGAAGACGGAGCGCGGCUGGUCCGGACGCAACUGGGGUGGCAUCAGCCUCGGCCCACCCGACCCCAGCCCCAACGGAGACACUUACGAAGACUUUGAUUCCAGGGUUAUCGAGGUGAGAAAUGUGUUUCACAUGACGGGCAAGGAAGGGCGCAAGAAGUCGUGCCGGGCUCUCGUGGUCGUUGGUAACAAGAAGGGUGCAGCUGGGUUCGCGAUCGGAAAAGCUCCAGAAAGGACAGCAGCGCUGAGAAAGGCGAAGAACAUGGCGAUCCACUACCUCUAUUACAUCGAGCGCUACAACGACCACACAGUUUACGAAAACUUCAACACGACGUACCGGCACACGACCAUCACGGUGAAAAAGAUGCCGCGUGGCCAAGGGCUGCACUGCCACCGCGCCAUCAUCACCAUGUGCCGCCUCAUCGGCAUCGAGGACAUGUACGCCAAGGUCACCGGCUCCGUCAACCUCAUCAACAUGACCAAGGCCUUCUUCCUGGGCCUCACCACGCAGGAGACGCACCAGCAGGCCGCCGACCGCAGCGGCCUGCAUGUGGUGGAGCUGCGCGACGAGACGGGGCCGCUGCCCGUGGUGGUGGCGUCGCCCCGCACGCCCAUGUCCACCACGCCCCUCGAGGAGGACGCCGUGUCGCUCGUGCCGCCCGACUGGAACGACGUGAAGAGGGCGCAUGGGCUCGGCCAGUCCAAGUGGAGCGGCGUGAAGCGCACCGUCGCCUUCUGAGAGUCUCGCGGCCAUCGCACUCUGACAGCCACGGUGUCACCUUCAGAGAGCCACGGUGUCACCUUCAGAGUGCCACAUUGUCACCUUCAGAGAGCCGCAUUGUCACCUUCAGAGAGCCACAUUGUCACCUUCAGAGAGCCACAUUGUCACCUUCAGAGAGCCACAUUGUCACCUUCAGAGAGCCACAUUGUCACCUUCAGAGAGCCACAUUGUCACCUUCAGAGAGCCACAUUGUCACCUUCAGAGAGCCACGGUGUCACCUUCAGAGAGCCACAUUGUCACCUUCAGAGAGCCACAUUGUCACCUUCAGAGAGCCACAUUGUCACCUUCAGAGAGCCACAUUGUCACCUUCAGAGAGCCACAUUGUCACCUUCAGAGAGCCACAUUGUCACCUUCAGAGAGCCACGGUGUCACCUUCAGA